GGACACAUUUUGGGCGGAGUAAAUCCUCUCGCUUCGCCUCUUCAUCUGAUUACCUUGAAAACAACGGUCGGACAUCUUGUACGCAGUGUCCAAUUCUUGAAUUUAUACCAGUGGUCGAAUCAGUAACUAGUGCUUUUUGAAAACUUCAUCGGAGUAUCGGCGCUCCGGUAUCACGAGUCCCAUCACGAAGCCUCUAGCUCGACCGAACAAAGUACAUACCUUAACAUAUAUUUUGGUACUUCUUAGCUACUGUAGUUAGCAACAACAAUGAGAAACUGCUGUGCGGUGAAUUGUGCUAAUCGAGCUGGUCAAGGAUGGAGAUUCUUCACUAUACCAAGAGGAUCUCAUCCCUUCCAAAAGAAUAGAAGACGGUUGUGGCUGCAAGCCAUAAAACGGGUGGAUUGGGGCCCUGAUGGUCUGAGGGGUGAUUAUAGCUUGUGUGGAGCUCAUUUCAUCUCUGGAGAACCUUCUAUGGACUACGACAGCCCCGAUUUUGUUCCAUCAAUAUUUCCCCAAGGCAAACAGACAAGAAACUCAAGAAAGACGAGAUGCAGUAAAGCACAGUCUAAUGGCAGUGCUGUUGCCAUGGCAAGUCCAGACACAGAGGUCGAUAUCCUUCCUGACUGUUCUGAAGUGCUGCAUGGUCCUGACUGUUACCAUAGUGACAAAAGCACGCUAGAUCCGAAGAUGGAGGAUGAAAGUCAGACGCUGGACCUGAAUAUCAAAGAAGAAGUUGUGGAUAAUUUGAUGUAUCUAAACUAUUCUGGAGUUCUGAAAGAGGAAACGUGGGAGUGUCCUCAGCCUGGGAAAGGGGGUCCUGACUGUAACCAUAGUGACCUAAGCAAGCCAGAUCCAAAGAUGGAGUCAGUCAAGAUGGAGGAUGAACGUCAGACGCUGGAGCUGACUGUUAAAAUCAAAGGAGAAGAAGAGGAGGAAACUUAUGGCACUGAAUGUGGCAAGACCUCUUUGUCAACAAGGAAUCCGCUCACGUCCACUGGAGAGAAUUCUUACCAUUGCUCUGACUGUGGGAAGAGUUUCAGUCAACAUUCAAACUUAAAACAGCAUCAGAGAACACACACAAGGGAGAAAUCUCAUAGCUGCUCUGACUGUGGAAAGAACUUCAGUCAUAAGGGGAGUUUAGUAUACCACCAGAGAAUACAUACAGGGGAGAAACCGUAUAGCUGCUCUGACUGUGGGAAAUGUUUCAGUCAAAAGGGGAGUUUGUUAUACCACCAGAGAAUACAUACAGGGGAGAAACCGUAUAGCUGCUCUGACUGUGGGAAAAGUUUCAGGCAAAAGGGGAGUAUGGUACAACAUCAGAGAACACAUACAGGGGAGAAAUCCUAUAGCUGCUCUGACUGUGGGAAAAGUUUCAGGCAAAAGGGGAGUUUGUUAUAUCACCAGAGAAUACAUACAGGGGAGAAACCGUAUAGCUGCUCUGAUUGUGGGAAGAGUUUUACCGCAUCUUCUACUCUAAAGAACCAUCAGCGUAGAACGCACUAGAGAAAAGCCUUACCAUUGCGCGGACUGUGGGAAGAGCUUCAAUCGACAUCAACAUUUCUCACAACAUCAGUGGACAGUGUUGGAUGCAUUUGCUGUUUGUUUUGGUUGUUUCAGAUGUUGUGCCCAAUAGAAAUUAAAGGUAAAUAAUGUAUUGUCACUUUUAUUGUAAAUAGAAUAUGUUUCUAAGCACUUCUACAUUAAUAUGGAUGCGACCAUGAUGAGUUAGGCAUAAAUAUCAUGCUAACCCCUGUUAUUGUAAUGGUAAGAGGCUAUGUCAUGGGGGUAUGAUAUUUUUUGUGCGUCUAACUUUCUCACUCAUAAUUAUUCCCGA